AUGAAACGUCUUGUUGUAUUUGAUUUUGACGGAUCUUUAAUUGAUGAAAAUUCUGAUACAUGGAUAUUUGAACAAUUAUCGAUCGAGACAGCUGAAAAGCUUAAUAAAUUAUAUGGGAAAAUCCAGUGGACAGAUUUAAUGGACAAAUUACUUGGUGAAUUACACCAGAAAGGCAUAACAAGGCAACAAAUUGAACAUGCAUUUACAAAAAUUCCAUUUAGAUCUAAAAUGAUUGAAGCAUUAAAAACCAUCAAGAGAUUAAAUGGUGAUAUUAUAAUUCUUUCAGAUGCUAAUACUGUUUAUAUUGAAGAGAUUCUGAAGGCUUAUAAUGUAUAUGAGUUGAUUUCUGAUAUAAUAUCAAAUCCAGCAGAAUGGAAUGAAGAUGGUAGAUUACGUGUUCAGAGAUUAUAUUCUCCAAAUGACCCACCUCAUGGAUGUGAAAAUCAAUGUGCAUUAAACAUUUGUAAAGGUCGUGAACUAUUAAAGUUUUUAUCAAAAUGUGAAGUCACAUAUCAACAAAUUAUAUAUGUUGGAGAUUCUUUAAAUGAUUUUUGUCCAGCUACUAAAAUGUCAAGGUAA